AUGGCCGAUUACCACCGCCGACAGACGCGACCAUCCACGAGACGAGAAGUGCUUGGACCUGGUGAGUCUCGCGCCAACAUCGAUACAUCUGCACAAAGAAGCGCACGAUCCUCGAAAGUACCAGAAGUGUCUUCGCCUACCGCUCUUCCCCACAACCAAUCCCUUGUUGCCAAUGGCUCCCUAAAUGUGCGCACAAGCAGUCCCGGUGCCUCAUCAACACACCAGACACACCUUUCAUCUGCUGCACCAGAAUCCCAGCGAGCCAGCAAACGUUAUUCCGAGAUAUCAAACUGCACCACAGCCUCUGGAUCAGGUCGCAAGAGCUUUGUAGGUCGAUGGCAGCUCGGAAAGACUAUCGGCCAAGGUGGCUGCUCAACUGUACGCCUGGUCAGACACAAAGAUACUGGCCAGAUUGGUGCAGCAAAGAUCAUCUCGAGGAAAAUGGCAGAGACCGUUCGUGCUCAGAGCUUAGCCAAUUUGGCAGAGAUGCCCGACAAAUCGUUGCAGGACCUUGUUGCCGCUGGCAAGGCCAUGCCACCCCCUCCUCCAGGCUUACUUCGUGAGAUUGCUAUCAUGAAGCUACUCGACCACCCCAACAUUGUCCGUCUGUAUGACGUCUGGGAAAAUCACAAUGAGCUUUACCUCAUCAUGGAGUACGUCGAGGGCGGAGAACUCUUCCACUACAUCGAAGAAUGUCGCGGUCUUGGAGAAGGAGAGAGCGUCUACAUUUUCCGACAAAUUGUCGCUGCACUGCUUUAUUGCCAUCGCAUGCACAUCCACCACAGAGAUCUCAAACCCGAGAACAUCCUCUUGGACCGCGAGAACAUUCAAGUCAAGCUGGUGGAUUUCGGUAUGGCUGCUUUGCAGCCAGAGGGCAAGAAAUUGACGACGGCCUGUGGCAGUCCUCACUAUGCUGCACCCGAGGUCAUCAAGAGCAGGCCAUACGAUGGCGCACGAGCCGACGUAUGGAGCUGCGGUGUUAUUCUGUAUGUCAUGCUCACUGGAAUGACUCCUUUCAACUACGACCAAGACAGGAACCUCGGAGUCAUGUACAGAGCUAUUGCUGAGGCCGACUACUACAUGCCUCCAGAGCUCAGUCGCGAUGCUCAGGAUCUGCUGCGCAAGAUCUUUGUUCCGGAACCUCGUCGCCGUAUCACCAUGGAGCAGAUCUGGGAACAUCCUCUGCUUCACAAAUUCGACGAAGAAUGGGGAUACACAGGAGCCCUUGCGUCAAAGGAGGCUUGGGUUGGUCCAUCUCCUAUCCUUGAAGACUGGACUGUGACUCGUGAAGACGAGGUUGACAAGGAAAUACUUCGUAACAUGCGUACUCUGUGGCACAGCGUGCCUCAAUCUGUCCUGGUCAAAAAGCUUGUCAGCAAUGAGCCAAACCAGGAGAAGCUCUUCUAUGCCGCUCUCCUCAAGCAUCGCGAAGAGAACCUUGAGAAUUACCUUGGAGGUGCUGACGCCAUCAGCUACUCCGCGAGCGACUACCAACAUAACACAAAUGAGCUCAAGGAUCAACCCCCUCUACCUAGCCAGAAGCAGCAUUCGCAGUCUCAAUACUCCAUCAUGAACGAUGAACAUCUUCGUACUCCACAACCUGCCGAUCAGAACCUGCCAUCUGAUGGUAGUUAUGAUCCUUAUCGAUCUUCGCGGUACCAAACCACACCCAAUGGGACACCAUACACCAAGGUUACUGUUCAUCGCAGAGGUGAGAGCAAUGGAAGUCGCAAGGCCUACAUGCAGCACACUCUACGCCACCCCAACGCACUUCGAGUCGAGAUGCUGAAAAAGAAUGGUCCCUCGAAUUCCAGUUCCAGCUUAGUAAAGCAGGAGUACAGAAAAUCAAUGACACGCUCGUUCCCCACUCCCGACGCGAACAGUCCCUCUUGCAGAGUAGACAAUGCAAUUCGAUCUAGGAAGGACAAGUCGGUUACGCCUGCUCCGCGUACGCGACCUCGUAAGAAUUCAACCGGAACAACGAGGACCGAUAUCCGCAAGGCCAGUAGUGAGCUCGAACAGGCUUGCGAAGAGGCGUUCAAUCGUUGUUCUUUCAGCUCGAGUGUACUCACAACUGCAUCCGCAACCGAGAAGACUGGCUACGAGACUCCUCCGUCAUCCGUGUCUAAGAGAGAUUCUGGUAGCUCAACCAAGGAACAAGCCGCACCUCGUCCGCUGCCUGCGCUGCCGACCGACACCCCUAACACCUUCAUCACUCGUACGCUCGAGGAAACACGCCAUAAACUUGCAGCACGAAGCGCAUCCGAAGGAAAUGAUGGCUCUGCUAAGAUCGAACAGGUCCUGGCGAACCUUGAUAGAAUCAUGCCUGGUGACAAGCGUGCCGUUUCGGCUCCUGAUCACCAUCUAAUGGACAACAGAGCACCUCUGCCAAUCAUAAGCGAAGAAGGCAGGCCAGAAGGCUCUCAAGGUCGCCCUAAUACAGCCCACAGAUACAGAUCUGUCACGGCGCCAAUGCCGGAAAGAACUGUCCGUAUGGUCCAACCUUCAUCGCCUGCCACACCAAAGAGCCCACACAAUUGGCGCUCUGUCGAUGAGCCAGCCUCGGAAGUCUCUCAACAGACUGUCAUUGACAAGACCCGCCUCACCGUGCCCACUGUGGACCCCCGCAUGGUCCGCAAGAAGAGCAGCGACAGCGACGUACCUUUGAGUCAGAUCUCCUCUCAAGGGUCUCAUGAGGGCGCGACCAAGAAAAAGUCUUCAUGGUUCCGCAAGUGGAAGGAGCCGUCUGCCGCCAUUGUUGAUGACAACCAUGUUCGGCCGCGCUCGCCAAUGCAAUGGGCCGAACCUGCUGGUCAAUCCGGCAAGCCUAGCGUGCUCAAUCGGGACAACCGCCCACCUCACUUGGAUCUGAGUAGCGCACAGGUACCUGCACCCAAGUCAUCUUCGAGCAGUGAAUUCCCCAUGCGUCGUGAAAGCAAGGGAUUCAGCAAGUGGUUCGGCAGAAAGAAGGAUUCAGAUAAACUAUCCCCUCCCUCUGGCGCCAUGGUUACCGGCCCUCUCAGCCCCUUCUCUACAGGCCCGCUAUCGCCUCUACCUCCGACCACUCCUACCUCAGCUGCUGGCGAUAACGCAACACGUUCUUGGUUCUCCCGAUUCCUUCGUCUUCGACCUGAAGUCCGUACUCUAGCAUUCAACGUUCCACGUACCCGAGCAAGAACAGAGUUAGUACGCAUGCUGCGUGAGUGGCAACGACACGGAAUCAAGGAUUUGACCUACUUCCCCCAAGACAACGCCAUAACCGCCAGUAUCGAUAAAGUCAACUCCCUGGGCAUCAAGCCGGUCACCUUCAGGAUCGAGUUGUUUGUUGUGCUCAAGAAUGGUAGGAAGGCUGGCCUUUCAUUGGCUAGAUGUUCGCAGAUGCGUGGUGCAGCCAGUUCGUUCCGCAAGGUUGUUGAGGUGCUAGAGCAAGUUGGCAGAGACCGUAGUCUGCUCGUUGAGGACGAAAGCCAAUGGAACGAGCUUUGCGGUAUUUUGGCCUAG